AUGUCCGUCACACUACACACCAGCCACGGCGACAUCAAAAUCGAAGUCUUUUGCGAGAGCGUCCCCAAAACCGCAGAAAACUUCCUGGCCCUCUGCGCAUCGGGCUACUACGACGGGUCGCCCUUCCACCGCCUCAUCCCCAAGUUCAUCCUGCAGACGGGCGCGCCGGCGCACCCGACGCCCGACAACCCCAAGGGCGGGCGGUCGAUCUGGAACGCGGGGUUCGAGGACGAGAUCCGGCCGUCGCUGCGGCACGCGCAGCGCGGCACGGUGAGCAUGGCCAACAAGGGGCCCGGCACCAACGGGUCGCAGUUCUUCGUGACGCUCGACAAGGCCCCGCACCUGGAUGGCCUGAAUACCGUCUUUGGGAGGGUCAUUGGCGACGAGGCCAUGGCGACGCUGGCCCGGCUCGAGGCCGAAGAGGUGGACCGCAAGGCGAGGCCGCUUGCCAGGGGGGACGUGAGGAUCGAUCGUGUGACGGUGCAUGCGAACCCCCUGGCGGGCUGA